GCGUGAAUUUUGAGGGUUAUUCUCAUGAUGAUUUAACCACUGUAAUGAUUAAGAUGUUGAAAAGAUUUGAUGUAAGUGAUGAAAGAGUCCUGAAAUUUCCAAAAGAAUUAAGUGCUUAUCAAAGAAAACAAUUACAUCGUCAAGCUGAAAUUCGUGGAUUGAAAAGUAUUAGUUUUGGUGAAGGUGAUGGUAGAUUUUUGGUUGUUAUGAGACAGGAUGUUGUAAUCUUUCGUUAAAUAAUUUGAUUUGAAAUUUUGAUUUUGUCUCCAAUUAUUUAUUUAUUUAAAUUAAUUUUGAAUUUCGUUAUUUUAUUUAAAUAUUUUUGUAUUGUACUUUUUUCAAUUAUUCAAUUUGAAAUAAAGGAGGAUACAAAGAUACUUAUUUUUGAUGGCGCAGAAUUAUCAUC